AUGCUAGCGGCUCGAGCGCUACACAGCACAACCGCAACCCUGCUCAACCGCUUCGCAUCUUCGUCGGCUACGCGAGCGAGCAGCUUCCGAACCAUGAGUACGACGGUACGCCCUGCGACCGUGCCACUGGUCAUUGCGCCCAAGGCGCUCGCCUCGUUGAUCGAGUCCAAAGCAGACAGCAACAAGCUGCGUAUCCUGGAUGCGACGUGGUUCAUGCCCAACACGAAUCCGCCUCGCAGUGCGCUGGAAGAGUUCAAGUCCGGUCCUCGAUUGCCCAAAGCGCUGUUUUGGAAUGUCGACGAGGUGGCUACCGUGGGCGAGAGCGUUCGUAAUCUUCCGCACAUGAUGCCAUCCCCGAAAACGUUCGCGGAAGCAGCUUCGGAACACGGCAUCGAGCCAGACACCCACGUCGUCGUGUAUGACACUCACGGCGUCUUUUCGGCCCCUCGAACUGCGUUCACGUUCAAAGCGUUUGGCCACUCGAACGUGUCAGUGCUCAACGGCGGAUUGCCAGCCUGGAUCGCCAACGACUUGCCAACAGAAUCCGGCGAGCCCGUAUCAGUGAUCAGUACGAACUACCCCGAACCGGUGCUGCAGGACGGCAUUGUGCGCUCGUUUGACGAGAUGGUAGCCAACGCCAAGAUGGGCGCUCGAGGACAAACUGUAUUUGACGCCCGUUCCAGGGGCAGAUUUGACGGCACAGACCCAGAGCCAAGACCCGGUCUUUCGUCCGGUCACAUCCCGCACAGCCUCUCGCUACCCUUCCCAAGCCUGCUCAAGACCGAGACUGGCAAGGACGGAAAACAGUACACAGUGCUCAAGGACCAGAUUGAGCUGUGGAGGACGCUGAGCGAUACCGUCGGCGGCAUGGAGGCUCUCGACAAGCUCAGACAGGCUUCGAGCGGCGGAGAGCUGGCAGCGACCAACUCGUGCGGCUCGGGAAUGACGGCAGCGGCUAUCUGGUUGGCACUUCAAGAGAUCGGUGUGCAGAGCAGCAUCUACGACGAAAGCUGGAUGGGGUGGGCCUCGAGAGAGAGCGAGGGCGUUCCCAUUGACAAGAACUUGUAA